AAUCAGGAUAAAUAUACUAUCCUUUUGCGAGACACAUGGACACGCGGUGCGCGUCGUCGUCUAGCUGGAGCUGGCAGACCCCAUAAAUAGUGCUUUAGACCAAGCUGCGCCCUCGUGCUCGUCGUCGUCAUCUUCUUCCUCCUCCUCCUCCAAGCAGCACGGAGCGAUUAGCUGCUGCUGCUGCCGCUGCAGCGGGCAGAGAUGGCAGGAGCAGAGGUUGCCAACGGCGUGCACGACGGCGCCCUGGAUUUGGAGGAAGGCAGAGGAGGCGGAGUCGAUGGAGCGGGGUGUGAGAGCUCGGAGCAGGACGGAGCCGGUCGCCGCCCCAUGUUCUCCGUGCCGUUCGUGCAGAAGAUCCUGGCGGAGGCGUUGGGGACCUACUUCCUGAUCUUCGCCGGGUGCGCGGCGGUGGCGGUGAACCUGCGGACGGGCGGCACGGUGACGUUCCCGGGCAUCUGCGCCGUGUGGGGCCUGGCCGUGAUGGUGAUGGUGUACUCCGUGGGCCACAUCUCCGGCGCGCACCUCAACCCGGCCGUCUCCCUCGCCUUCGCCACCUGCGGCCGCUUCCCCUGGAGGCAGGUGCCGGCGUACGCGGCGGCGCAGGUCACGGGGGCCACGGCGGCCAGCCUGACGCUGCGCCUCCUGUUCGGGAGCGCGCGGGAGCACUUCUUCGGCACGGUGCCCGCCGGCUCGGACGCGCAGUCGCUCGUCGUCGAGUUCAUCAUCUCCUUCAACCUCAUGUUCGUCGUCUCCGGCGUCGCCACGGACAACAGAGCCAUCGGCGAACUCGCCGGCCUCGCCGUUGGAGCCACCGUCCUGCUAAACGUGCUCUUUGCCGGGCCUAUAUCAGGAGCGUCCAUGAACCCGGCGAGGACCCUGGGCCCGGCGCUCGUCGUGGGCCGCUACGCCGGCAUCUGGGUGUACUUCGCGGGGCCCAUCUGCGGGACGGUGGCCGGCGCAUGGGCCUACAAUCUCAUACGCUUCACCGACAAGCCCCUGCGAGAGAUCACCCAGACCUCCUCCUUCUUGCGGAGUGUCAGGAGGAGCUCGAGCUGAACUACUAUAUAUAUAUAUAUAUACCUCGUAGCUGCCUGCCACCCAAACGACUCUCACGAUCUAAAGAUAGCAGUUAGCAGUGUUGUUUCUUUAAUUUUGUAGCCAAACAACUCCUCUUUUUAAUUUUUACUGUCAUUUGUUUACAUGCUG